CCUCUGUUUGUGCCCAGAGCUGUUUUCCAUUCCCACUGAGUGCCCCCAUACCUAACGAUAUCCACUGACCCUACCAGGUGUUCCUGAGGGGACAACUGAGCUGAGGCUCUAUACUCUGCUGAUCUUCUUCUGCAUCUCACAGGGAAAGAUCUGGACCACCAUGAAAUUUAUCUUCUAUUUGGGCAUCCUUGCUGGGACAUUUUUUGUAGUUCACUCAUCUGUGCAGAAAGAAGACCAUGCUCCCUAUUUGGUAUACCUCAAGUCUCAUUUUAACCCUUGUGUGGGUGUCCUCAUCAAAACAAGCUGGGUGUUGGCCCCAGCUCACUGCUACCUACCAAAUCUGAAACUGAUGCUGGGAAAUUUCAAGAGCAGAGUCCGAGAUGGGACAGAGCAGACAAUUAACCCCAUCCAGAUUAUCCGCUACUGGAACUACAGUCACAGCUCCCCACAGGAUGACCUCAUGCUCAUUAAGCUGGCUAAGCCUGCCACCCUUAACCACAAGGUCCAGACUCUUCCCCUCGCCACCAGCAAUGUCAAGCCAGGCACUGUCUGUCUGCUCUCAGGUUUGGACUGGAGCCAAGAAAAUAGUGGGAGACAUCCUGACUUACGGCAGAACCUGGAGGCCCCUGUGAUGUCUGACAAAGAGUGCCAGGAAACUGAACAAGGAAAAAGCCACAGGAACUCCUUAUGUGUUAAAUUUGUGAAAGUAUUCAGCCGAAUUUUUGGGGAGGUGGCCGUUGCUACUGUCAUCUGCAAAAACAAGCUCCAGGGGAUCGAGGUUGGGCACUUCAUGGGAGGGGAUGUUGGCAUCUACACCAAUGUUUACCAAUAUGUGUCCUGGAUUGAGAAGACUACCAAGGACAAAUGAGACCUUCUCCCUCUGCGUCCUAGUUGCU